CCCGGAAGAAACCACCGCCGGUGCCGAGCGCCGGAAAGUCGGCGCCAUGGAGCCUUUGGAGAACACCGCCAUGGUCUGCACAGGGCUCGGCCUGGUGACGGGCCUGCUGUGCUUCGGCUUCUUCCUCUUGGUGUGGCGCCUCGCAUUGGUCAAAGGCGACGAGCGA